UCAUUGCUGUCAAACCUAAAAAUCAAAAUUAUUUAAAUUUUCACAUAAAUAAAAUCAAAUUAAUAUCGAAUAAUAUUGAAUUACUAAUCAUAAAUGGCCCUUCAAAUUUCCAAAUUGAUUUCCCGUCAACAACUAUGGAAAUCGAUAAAAUCCCCUCCACUAACCAUAAGCAAACGAGCGACCAGUCAUGAUUAUACCAACACCAUGUGCGGUAAACGUGAAUAUGUUGGGUUUGGUGUUAAUGGUGCACCGAUUUAUGUUGAUCUUGUAGAUUUUCCUAUGCCAGCCAUACGUUUUCAAGAGCCCAGCCCUGAAAUUUGUGCCCUCCGUAAGAAAGAGGAAGAAGAUUGGAAGAAAUUAUCUAAAGAUGAGAUUAAGCGCUUGUAUCGUUAUAGUUUCUGUCGCACAUUUGCUGAAAUGAAAGCACCUACCGGUGAAUGGAAAUUGCAUUUGGGCAUUGCACUAUGGGCCUGUACUAUAGGUCUGCUCUUUUGUUAUACUGUCAAUGUUUAUCAUCAAGAUCUGCCCGAUACGUUUGCCGAAGAUCGUCGUCAGGCUCAGUUGAAGAGAAUUAUUGCAUUGGAGAUGAAUCCUAUAACUGGUUUGGCUUCAAAGUGGGAUUAUGAAGUUGGUGAUUGGAAGUAGAGAGGAAAUUUUUUGUAAUAAUAUUUGUUAAUAAAUUUUAUUUUGAUUAUUUUGGAAUUAAAUUAAAAAAUGUGUUCAUAA